AUGGGCCGUCUUAUUAAGAACCACUGGGCACGGCUCAUCGUCAUGAGUGCAGCGGCCUACCAGAUUGCUGCCGCAAUUGAGUGCUUCUUCUGGCCAAAGAUCCUCUGGGACUUUCUCACCAGAGCACUUGACCCGGCCAUCAAGCCCUUUCCCACUCUGCAGAUAAUAAACGUGCUCAUGGGCUUAGCCGUAUUAGCUUGGGAGUGGCCGCUGGGCGCCAUAGCUGGUAGCGUCAUGCACCGCAGCAUCGAUUUGCGUCUGGCCUUGCUCCCAUUGACAGCCCUUCUUGCUGUGCUGUUGUACCAGGGCACAAAUGCGGCUCUAUACUACCUCAUCGGCAUGGGAGUAUACUUCUGGGCCUUCAGCGAAGGAGAGAUGAUCUGUGCCAAACCCUGGACAUUGCCACAGCGGGGGACCUCUGGUGCGAGCCGUGUGUAA